GCUUGACAUUUAUUCGGAUUACAACCUCUAAAAAUUUUGACAUGUCUUCAUGAAAACAUCAAAACACGUUUUCCACAAUUUCCAUAGAAGAAAUCAUAAUUUUUAGCAUAAUAUAAAAUAAUAAUGGCGGAGGCUAUGAAACAAACUGUAGCUACUAUGCUUAAAGGCAUAGAAAGGUACAACCCUGAUAAUUUACCAACUUUAGAACGUUACGUGGAAAUUCAGUCUCGUGAGAAUGCAUAUGAUUUGGAAGCCAACUUAGCAGUGCUCAAAUUGUAUCAAUUCAAUCCACACAGGUUCAAUACAAAUAUUGUUUGUCAAAUUCUUCUAAAAGCCCUGACAAACCUCCCACAUACAGAUUUCAUGCUUUGCAAAUGUCUGCUUUACGAGAAACAAUUAUCCAUUGAGCCAAUUGACCAGAUUGUUUACCUGGCGGACAUUCUAGAGCAGUGUAAUUUUCAAGCUUUUUGGACUAGGGUUCUAACUGAUCAAGACCUCACCCAAAGCAUCACUGGUUUUGUGGACUCCAUCAGGAAAUUUGUCUGUCAUGUUGUGGGAAUCACGUAUCAGACUAUUGAUCAACACCACUUGGCUCAACUUUUAGGUGACAUCGAUGACAGCACAUUAAAAAUAUGGAUUAAAAAAUACGGAUGGAAGGAGAUUGAGAAUAAUUUGGUAUUUAUUGCCAACCAAGAUGAAAACAUUAAGACUAAGAAUAUCAAUGAAAAGAUUGAUUUUGAUAGUGUAGGAGCUAUUAUGGCAUCAUGUCGUUGAUAAAAGUGUUUUUUUUUACUGGAAGAAUUGAAAUAUAAUUUGACACACAAUAGAAACAUCCACCUUUCUUAUCCCAAUUCAUUAAAAUAAUCCUGUAACCAAAUUCAAUUCCUUCCACUUCAAGUAUUUGCCCAAUAAAAUACUGACGUUUCAGCUGUCAUGGCAGAUUUUUUGGAAGUACGCAUAUUAUAAUUCAGAAACCUCCACCUAGUUUCCAACUGACAAAACCAAUAAAAUCAUUAACUUGUUCAAUUUUUCGUAGUUAUGAGAACAGUUAAUAACUCUUCCGAUUGUGCCAUUUUGUUUUAUUAUCUUGUAUCACAUAUGUAUCAGGUGCUUGGUAUUUUUCACAAUUUGACAUAUAUUCGGAAAAAUCUCUGUAAAUAAAGUCGC